CCCAGCACAACCGCAGAGGAGGGCAAGCCGGGGGACACGCAGUCCGGCAAAUGGUCUGUCAGCAAACACACCCAGAGCUACCCAACAGACUCCUAUGGGAUUCUCGAGUUCCAGGGUGGGGGCUACUCCAACAAAGCCAUGUACAUCCGGGUUUCCUACGACACCAAGCCGGAUUCCCUGCUCCAUCUCAUGGUAAAGGAUUGGCAGCUGGAGCUGCCCAAGCUCCUGAUCUCGGUGCAUGGAGGCCUCCAGAGCUUCGAGAUGCAGCCCAAGCUGAAGCAGGUGUUUGGGAAAGGCCUGAUCAAGGCCGCCAUGACCACUGGGGCCUGGAUCUUCACCGGGGGUGUGAGUACUGGUGUUGUCAGCCACGUGGGGGAUGCCUUGAAGGACCACUCCUCCAAGUCCAGAGGCCGGCUCUGUGCUAUAGGAAUUGCGCCAUGGGGCAUGGUGGAGAACAAGGAAGACCUGGUCGGAAAAGAUGUAACAAGAGUCUACCAGACCAUGUCCAACCCUCUGAGCAAGCUCUCCGUGCUCAAUAAUUCCCACACUCACUUCAUCCUGGCUGACAACGGCACCCUGGGGAAGUAUGGCGCUGAGGUGAAGCUUCGAAGGCAGCUGGAAAAGCACAUCUCCCUGCAGAAGAUUAACACGAGGCUGGGCCAGGGUGUGCCUGUCGUGGGCCUGGUGGUGGAAGGUGGCCCUAAUGUGGUUUCUAUCGUCCUGGAAUAUCUCAGAGAAGACCCUCCUGUCCCCGUGGUGGUUUGUGACGGCAGUGGGCGUGCCUCCGACAUCUUGUCCUUCGCACACAAAUACUGCGAUGAAGGAGGGAUCAUAAGCGAGUCCCUGCGGGACCAGCUUCUAGUUACCAUUCAGAAAACAUUUAAUUAUAGCAAGUCGCAGUCCCAUCAGCUGUUUGCAAUUAUCCUGGAGUGCAUGAAGAAGAAAGAGCUCGUUACUGUGUUUCGGAUGGGCUCAGAGGGUCAGCAAGAUGUCGAGAUGGCGAUUUUAACUGCCCUGCUGAAAGGAACCAACGCGUCCGCUCCGGAUCAGCUGAGCUUGGCUUUGGCUUGGAACCGAGUUGACAUAGCACGAAGUCAGAUCUUCGUCUUUGGCCCACACUGGCCGCCACUGGGAAGCCUGGCCCCUCCAGUGGACACCAAAGUCACAGAGAAGGAGAAGAAGCCACCCACAGCCACCACCAAGGGAAGAGGGAAAGGAAAAGGCAAGAAGAAAGGCAAAGUGAAAGAGGAAGUGGAGGAAGAGACGGACCCCCGGAAGAUUGAGCUGCUGAACUGGGUGUGUGCAAAGUCCUUGCUCUGUAUCCCGAGAUUGCAGAGACCAAGGCUGGCGUUAUUCUGGUUCUCUGGGGAAGGGAUGCUUUAGGUACCUUUGCUUCAUCCCCACCAGGAUGGAGGAC